AUGGCGGUCGUUAUCCUGGGUGUUAUUAUCAGUGCCUUGUCCCUGACAACUACAGAUGCUGCUGCAAUGUCAAGUAGCAGAAAUUCACUAAUUAGCGAUAAAUGGAGAGACAUAGUUCUGAGCCUUCACAAUGAAUUUCGUAGAACACUCGCAAAGGGAGAUCAAGUUGGCAAAAAUGGCAAACUGACGGCUGCUAAAAACAUCAAUACCUUGCACUGGGACUACAAUGCAGAAGAACUGGCUCAACUAGAGGCGGCAAAAUGUAGCGCAACCAUCACACCACCGCUUAACUACGGAUCUAUUCAGAGCAAGAUUUCUGUGAAGAAAUCAUGUGAUGCUAUUGUUACAACGCAGACGGAAAUAAGGAAAUGGUGGGACGAUGGCGCAAAAGAGCAAACUGACCAGAACAAAGUUGCUAACAACGAUAAGUUUUCUCAAAUGGCAUACGCUGAAACCAGUGCUGUUGCUUGUUCAUACUCCACAUGCUCUUCUAAUACAGAGUUGAAUCUGGUCUGCUUCUACAAUAAAAAGGCUCAACAAGCGACUCUCUACGAUCCAAAUGCUGACGGUUGUACCUGUGCGGGCUGCACCGCCUAUCUUUGCCCGUCUACAUUCGAUCCUGCUGAAUUCACGAGUUCGGUAUGCCCUACAUGCGAUCCCUCAACUCAAAAGUUCAGGGAAGCUGCAUUGUACUUGCACAAUUACUAUAGGGGGUUGGUGGCUACUGGAUGGGCUGAGGACGCAAAGUCAAAAUAUGCAAAGCCAGCUAAGUCAAUGAUCCAACUGACGUACGACAAGGCGCAAGAAGUUGCUGCAAAUGCGUAUCUAACCCAAAAUAACGAUUGCCCCACAGCUCCAGAAGAUCCAGGCUACUCUGGAGAGAACUUCUGGACCAGUACCGACUACAAAUUGUCUGAAGAAGAGGCUAUCGAAAAGGCUGUUGAGGAUUGGUUUGGUUAUCUAAAAACUAGCGGUCUUGGUGACGACGUAACUUACGCAAGCCUCAGUUCUAACCCUGCGAAACAAUUAGGAAAUGUGAUCCAUGACAAGGCAACUUCUGUUGGUUGCGCUGUUAAAGCCUGCCAAAAGGCUGGAGUUAUCGUUGUUGACUGUCGCUACGAUCCCAAAUUAACAACUGGCAAAAUCUACGAGACAGGAACGACGUGCAGCUCUUGUGGUUCCAACAAAAAAUGCUCAUCUCUCAACGGACUUUGCGCCUGA